AUGAGCCGUCGAAAUAACGUUCGAGGACCAACUUCUGCAUUAACUGACUUCUUGCAAGCGUCAGGAAUCACUACCGCAGUCAUCAGAAGACGCGCGGCCACUCGCAGAGAUCCCCCUGAAGGAGGGCCCAGCAAUGUCGCCCAAGACGAAGGGGCCAAUGGAAAUGAGGAUGGAAACGAGGAUGAGGAUCAUGAAAUGGCUGAGGAGGAGAAUGAGGUGACUGCGCCGCCCGCGCCACGUCGUCGUCGCGCAACCCGAGCAGCUACGGCUUCUGGAUAUGUCUCAGACGAACUGGAUGAGCCCACCUCCGCCGCCGCAAGCCCCACCAAGAAACCGAAACUGAGCAAGGCCGCAGAAGCCAAGAAGAAGGCUCAAGCCAAGAAGAAGGCCCGCAAGGAUGUGGACGUCGACGACGAGGACGGCAGCGACGAGGACGACAUGUACACAGCAUUGUCGAAAUCUAGGUUCUCGAACUCGCCGGCUAAGCCUCCCGUCGGGAGCUUUGAGAAUUGCGCAAAGUGCGAGAAGCAGUUCACCGUCACAAAGUAUACUAUUGCCGCGAACCCUGGGCCUGGGUUCCUGUGCCACCCAUGUGCAAAGUCGAGCGGGGCAGAUCCUUUCAAGAAACCCGCCGUGCCGAAGAAGCGCAGAGCACCGGCCGACAAGCGCACCGUCACGAACUUUGAAGAGAAGAGAUUCCCGUCGCUGUCAUCGUUGUGCAUUCAGCUCAUAUCGGAACACAUCGACGAUGUGGAGGCGCUCGGGGACCUGAGUUCGAUCAGCAUGGACGAGAUAUCCAAGUCGAUCUCGAAGAAUCGUAGUCUUACCGGACAGACAGCUCAGUUAUUCUACGGCGCCCACAAUACCACAUUGACGUUAUACGAUGCAACUAAGCUGAUACCUUCGGCGCUCGACACACUGGCCCAGCUAAACCCCAAUCUCACUUCCCUCCGGCUUGAUUUCUGCGGGCGCAUGAACGAUGUGGUCAUGGACGCAUGGUCUACAUCCCUCCCAGCACUCACCCACGUCGAGCUUCUCGGCCCCUUUCUCGUCCGUCCCCCCGGCUGGCUCAAGUUCUUCUCCUCGCACCCAAAGCUCGAGGCAUUCCUCAUCACCCAGAGCCCCCGCUUCGACCUCGCGUGCCUGAAGAGCCUGCUCGCGAAUUGCAAGGCCCUCUCCGCGCUCCGGCUCAAAGAACUUGGGCUGUUGAACGAUCAGUUUUUGACGUCGCUGGGGACGAUCAAGAAAGGGCGUCUGACGAGCCUGGACCUCUCUGAGCCGUCACAGUCGUGUACCGAGGCUGCUAUGAUCAAGGCGAUGAAAGCCAUCGGGGGGAACUUGACCAAACUCGACUUGUCUGGCCACUCUCUCUUGGGGGAUGCUUUCCUUGAGAAAGGGCUGAAACCCCUGCGCUACCUCGAAGAUCUCGCACUGAACAACUUGCCUGAGCUGACCGACGCGGGCGUCGCCAAGCUCUUCAACGGCUGGGAGAAUGUCGCGCUAACGCGCAUCGACCUCUCGAGGAACUACGGUCUCGGCAGUAAUGCACUGACGGGCAUCCUGGAGCACUCCGGCGACGCACUACAGCGGCUGAAUCUCAACGGGUGGGGUGAUUUCAACGCGGAUGCGAUACAUGCCUUCGGGAAGGAGCUGGUGUUUCUGGAUCUGGGGUGGUGCAGAUCGGUAGACGAUUUUUUGAUCAAGGAUAUACUGAAGUGUUGUGGGAAGCUGCGGGAGGUGAAGGUUUGGGGGUGCAAUCGGGUGACGGAUAGGUGUCCGAGGAAGCGAGGUGUUACCAUUUACGGCGUGGAGUCGCACUCUACCACUACUUGA